AUGGAGUACGCAGAAAUCCGGUCCGGCCCAAGGCGGACAUAUUCGGAGAUGCGCCAGAAACCUGCACCGCAGGACACCUUUUUCAACCUGAUCAACGACUCGCAGCAGUACAGACCAACCUCCGUCACCACGGAGUUUGUCGAUACUGACUGGGACGAGGAAGAGACGGUUCUGACCGACGCCGAAGAGGAGAGCUCGCCCCGCGGCAGUUUCCAAUCUUCGGGACAAACAACCCUCGACUCUUUUGAAGAGGCCGUGACGCCUCGGUCGAGCCACCAUGAGCACUCACCCAAGCAAAUCGAGGGCCCGAAUGGCCCUCACCUGUUCCACACAGUUACAGUCUCCGACUACGGCUACUACCACCAUGUCCCGGAUGAGAACCCGCCCAUCCUGGGCAUGUCGCCCAUCACGCCCAAGCCGCGCGGGUUCGGUGAGAUUACCGUGCACCCGCCGCUCCCACAGGUCGGGCCGUUCCAAUAUACGCGGGAGGAGCUCGACACGGCCGACCUCGUGUCCUGGACGCCGGAGAUGGUCGCGCAGUCCAUGCUGGACUCGGGCAUCGAGGUGACCGUGGCGGACCGCUUCAUCGAGAACGACAUCAAUGGGCCCAUCCUGAUCACGCUCAAGUUCGAGGACCUGCGCGAGCUUGACAUCCCAUCCUUUGGCAUCCGCACCAAGAUCUGGCACCAGAUCCAGAGCCUCCGCGACAGCGCGCAAAAGGCGGCGCAUGGCCGCGACAACGACGACAACGACGACGAGUCGCGGCCCUCGACCCCGAUUGAAGACAGGCCGAGCCGCGAGGUGCGCAAGGAGGAGCGGAAGCAGGACCACUACCAGCAUCACCACCAGACCGGGGCGGCCGCCUCGAAGCGUCGCACACCGCAGCAGCAACAGCAGCAGCAGCAGCAACAGCGACGGAGAAGCCCCGAUGACAUGGACGCCGCCGCCGGCGACAACAUCAUGCCGUACGAGUCCGUGUCCAUCAUCGGCAUCGAGCAGGUCAUCCCCAAGCCGCACAGCUGCUCCAAGGGCGAGAACUGCAGCAAGUGGCGGAAGCAGCAGCGUCUGAUCGAGGACUUUCGGCGUCUCAACCCGCACGUCGACAUGAGCGCGGCCGGCCGGGUACUCAUCUGCGGCGACGCGGGCAACCCGGCGACGGCGCGGGCCAUCGACCCCAACGAGGACCUGCUGCCCUCGCCUCCCCCGCGACCCUUCUCCGACGCCGCGCCGUCGCUGGUCGCGUCGUCGGACGUUCUGGGCACCGGCGGCAUGCCGCCUCUGCAGUACCUGCGCGAGGCGUCGCUCCGCGGCGUACAGAGUCGGGAUCCGCAGGAGAAUGUGCGACAGUUCCUCAGCUUCCAGCGCACAACAAAGAACGCGCUGCCUUCGUCGUCGCUGGCGUCGUCGUCCUUGUCGUCAUCCCUAAACCAAGAAGAGGUGCCGCCCACCCCUCCCUUUGAGCUCGUCGUCGCACAACCGCAGCCACCAGCGGCACCAGCGACGGCGGUCACGCCGCAGGCGCCUCAUCACGGCUUGCGUCGCCUACCCAAGCUCUCCAUCCCCCUCAACGUCCAGGCGCAACGUUGCUCGACAGCACCCCGACGUCCCUCGACUCUGCAGCAGGUCUCACCGCAGGUGCAGGAGGAAGUCGCUCAGCAGCUGCAAGAUCAUCAUCAUCAACAACAACAACAACAUCAACAACAACAACAUCAACAACAGUCGCACCACCACCAGCGCAGCAACUCGCACAAAUUCGUCCCGUACAGGAUGGACAAGGCAGACCCAAGAUCGCCAGACCUCGAGACGCCCAGGAACCCCUACCGCUGGGGCACGCCCUUCUCGGAGCGCGACGUGCCCGUCACCGCCGUGGCCCUCGGCCCAGUCGCCCGGGACGCAUCGCAGUCCGUGCCGCCCGACAUGGGCUAUCGCGUGGCAGCCUCCUCGAGGGGAGACCCGUCACCGCCACCGCCGCAGCCUCGCUCCCAGUCUCGCGCCUCGUACCGCCGACCCUCGUUUCCCAUCCUGCCGUCCGUCAACGAGCACAGAGUCGUCCCCGUCGUCGCCGCCCGCGUUUCAUCAUCGCCGCGCACACCGUCUCCCACCCAAGAGUCAUCCUCGUCACCGCCACGACAGCGUGCUGUGCGACGCCUGCCGCUCCAGGCGCCUCCUCGUGGCAUGUACCCGUGGUCGUCGAGCAACAACAACAACAACAACAACAGCAACAACAACAACAGCCAGGACGACGUCGCACGGAACGCGAGCAGCAGCACGCCCUCUCUGCUUCCGGGCGGCGGUAUCACCAGGUGCGCCACGGCCACGCCCGCCGCAGCAGCGCCGAUCAGCGGCGUCUCGUUCCAGGGACCCAUGAAGAAGCGCAAGACGCGCCUCCUCCGCAGCGAGUGGCAGGACGGCUACUUCACCCUCAAGGGCACGCGCCUCAACAUGCACAAGGACGUCGCCGCCGUCGACCGCACCCUCGAGUACAUUGACAUUGACGACUACGCCAUCGCCUGCUCCAGCCUCGCCGCCUCGUCGUCGUCGGCGUCCAGGCUCACCGCCGCCUUCAAGACGGCCGUCUCGUCGUCGUCGCACCACGCCCGCGAGAAGAGCGACCCGGUCGGCGCGUUCAGCUUCCAGCUCGUCCCGCAGGACAAGCACACCGCCCGCCUGCGCAAGCGCGAGAGCUCCGUUAGUGGUGGUGGCGGUGCGGCGGUGGAGGGUGUGGACGGCACGGGCAAGACGCACCACUUUGCGGUGAAGAACCGCGACGAGCGCAUCGAUUGGAUGCGUGAGAUGAUGCUGGCGAAGGCCCUUAAGCAAAAGGGCGACGGCUUCGAGAUUAGCGUCAACGGUAACAUGAUCUGA